GUAGAGUCCGACAAAGCGAAAGCAGACACUGAGACAACGAUCGAUCGAGCGAAGCGAGAGCCAUGGCUCCUCCUGAAGACGGCACAGAGUUUACAGAGGAGGUCAAGGCCGCUGAAGCCGAGAAGAAGCCCAUCUCCACCAUCGUUUUCGUUAUUGCGAUGCAGUCUGAAGCGCUUCCACUUGUGAACAGAUUUCAGCUAACGGAGGAUCCUGAUUCCUUGUUCCCUAAAGGAUGUCCAUGGGUUAGAUAUCACGGUACUUACGAAGACCUGCAUAUCAAUCUAAUCUGGCCAGGAAAAGAUCCAGUUUGGGGUGUUGAUAAUGUUGGCACAAUUUCUGCUUCCCUUGUGACAUAUGCUUCUAUCCAAGCAUUAAAACCAGACCUUAUUGUAAAUGCAGGCACUUGUGGGGGCUUUAAGGCCAAAGGAGCAUGCAUCCGGGAUGUCUUCCUGGUUUCUGAAGUUGCUUUUCAUGAUAGAAGGAUACCUAUACCUGUUUUUGAUCAGUAUGGAGUUGGUGCCCGGCGGACCUGUUCAACUCCGAAUCUCUUGCAGAAACUUAAUCUGAAGAGUGGCAAACUGUCUACUGGGGACUCUUUGGAUAUGUCCCCUCAGGAUGAAGCAUCGAUCAUUGCAAAUGAUGCUACAAUUAAAGAUAUGGAGGGUGCAGCAGUGGCCUAUGCGGCAGGUCUUUUUUCAGUCCCAACAAUAUUUGUAAAAGCUGUGACAGAUCUAGUGGAUGGUGACAAACCGACUACAGAGGAAUUCAUUGAGAAUUUGGGAGCAGUGACUGCCGCACUUGAUCAGACUCUCGCUAAUAUCAUGGAUUUUAUCAGUGGGAAGUGCCUGUCUGAACUUUGAGAAUUACAGAUUCAAGCAAAAUAGGUGGUCUGAGCUGAAAAGCUGAUUCUCUUCUUGGACAACAGCCAUUAGUGGACAACAACGUACUCUGAUGUGAUCCUCAUUGUUUUGACCCAAAGGAUCUCAUAGUGACCCUAAAUCAAUCAAUUAAUGUACUUUAAAUUUUCUGCAUAAUGUCUUACUGAUUUACAUGUCUUGGCUUUCACCAGCAGUUAUAGCUAUAUUUUAGCAAUUUGUUGUGGGUUUCAGAUAUUGUACUCAAGAAGGUAAGUUCAGAUGUUAAAUUAUACACCUUAUUCAAAUGCUU